UCGACCGUCGGAGCGAGAACAUCUCAGCACGCAUUCUACGCACUCACCACCAAACGAACAAAUAUCUACGAAAAUAUCUAAUGUCGGCCAUCAGCAAGCAGAAGAACACCAACACCAUGUACAAGUCGAAAGUGUCUCCCUCUCGUCGCCUGAAGAAUCUGCUCAAGCCUCUACUGGGUCAGUUCUUCAACACCAAGAAGGAGCAGCCCAAGCGAAGCUCCUACAUCGCCUCCGAGGAGAAGGAGGCCGAGUUCGAGUGGCUCAACAACGACAUGGACAACAUGGCCAACGAGCAUCUGGAGCAUCGUCUCAUCGAGGAGAUUCGCCAGUGCGCCAAGGAAGAUGCGGUCAUCGUUUACAAUGAAAACGGUUCCGGGGAGCUGCAGACCAUCGAUCAGGAGGACUACUACGUUCCCGUCCACUUCGCACGCACCAAUGCCGGCACUUUCUUCUGGACCUCACUGCAGCCCAAAGCCAGCGAGCCCUAUGCCAUCGAAUGGAACUUCCUGGACCGCUGGGCUCAGGCUUGAACCUGAAAGCCUGGAGCUGCAACUUCAACCUUGAUCAACAAUGGGGUUUUUCAACUUUCAAUUGGGAUAACUUCAACUGGACUGGAGCUCGGCUCUCCAGCGGGAUGGGUACUCCAGAGUUUGGGCACUUCGACUCUGGGUUCAUCGGUUUAAAGCGGCGCUUUUCGGAUUUUCCAACUCACUGAAAAUUCCUCUAAAGCGGCUGGGUAACCACGUUAAAUCGUGGCGGGAGGUAUUCCAACAAUUAUCCCAUUUUUUGCUGGGCAAAAAAGGGUUCCAAUUGUUUGGAUUUUGGAAACAAAAUUUGUAAACAAAAACUUAAAUAAAC